CGCGCCCUCCGGAAGCGCUGUGGCGGCGGACCCGGGCGAGCGCUGCGCUCCGGCGGGAAACAUGGCGGCGGAUCGGGCGUUCCGAGCCUGCGCCUGCUUCUUCUCCGCCAACAUCUUCGUCGGGCGCUGCGGGAUGCACGUCUGCUACCGCGACGAGCGGCAGUUCCGGCGGGACUACGGGCGGGCGCUGAGGGAGCGGGGCUGCGGCGGCGAGGAGCAGAUGGCGGCCGUGCUGCGGGAGAUUGAAGCAGAAGUGCAGAGAAGAAAACACCUGGUUCGUCAGUCAGCGGAGCGCAAAGCCAUCAUCGCUCAGUGUUACAAACGAAAGCACUCAGAAGUGUACACUCUUCAGGAUUCAUUUCUGGCCCCAGGUUUUCUAGAAAUCAUUAGAUACUGCACAUCAUCAGAUGCUAAUCUCCAUGGCCUCCUGCGCUACACCGAGUCCUUCUCAGCUUCUGGGCCCUCAGAGCAUUUCCUUGGCACCUACAGCAGGCAUGUAAAUCAGUACCAGGUUUCACAACUGGAUGGGGAAGCCUGGAAGCAAAGGGUCAACAUGAAAAAUAACAAAUCCAUCCCAGAGCUGAUCCUGAGGAACACUGCCAACUCCUUGAGCAGCCAGAGCAUGAAGUGA